AUGGGAAUCUGUUCAGCUACCGGGUCGACCGUGAUACCCUACACCAGGGAGCAGGUGUACGACUUCAUCACCAACCCGCAUAACUGGCCCAAGACCUACAAGGGCAGCGGCGGCAUCCAGCAGACGCUCCCCACACCGCUCCAGCUGGGAGACCAAUGGACCGAAAAGGUUGUCCUUGGGCCAAACACCUACUAUGCCCGCUGGACGCUCAUCACGGCCGUUAAACCGUGGAAGUGGACGUUUCUGCAAGAAAACGGUAUCUGUGCCACCGACGAGGCCAUCACGGACGGUUAUCCCGGCACCACGGAGAUUGCAUAUGUCCUGGAGCCAACGAAACUGGAAGUCGACGGCAAGACUAUUGAGGGAUGCGUUUUCAAGAGAACAUUGACCAUGGAUCAGCCCCGUGGUAGCUGCAUCCCAGACGAUAUGCUGGCCAUCUGCAUGAAGUCGGCUGGCAUCGAGGGCUACCAUGACGCUGUAGCUCGGGAGCUGGAAAAGGAGCACGGAAAGCCAUAG